AUGGCGCUGCUCCGCUGGGGGCUGCUGUGCCUGCUGCUGCCGCUGGCCGCCCGGGCACAGAAGCUGCCCACGCGGGACGAGGAGCUCUUCCAGAUGCAGAUCCGGGACAAGGCGUUUUUCCACGACUCCUCGGUGCUUCCGGACGGGGCCGAAGUUGGCAGUCACCUCUUCCGAGACACACCUAAAAGGUUUUUCUUUGUGGUUGAAGAAGACAACACACCUCUGUCUGUCACGGUGACCCCGUGCGAUGCUCCUUUGGAGUGGAAGCUGAGUCUCCAGGAGCUGCCGGAGGAAACCAGCGCCGAGGGCUCGGGUGACCCCGAACCCCUGGAGCAACAGAAGCAGCAGGUCACUCACGAGGGAGGCACUGAGCUCUUCUCUUACAAGGGCAACGACGUGGAAUACUUCCUGUCCUCGAGCUCUCCGGCGGGCCUGUACCAGUUGGAGCUGCUUUCCACGGAGAAAGACACCCACUUCAAGGUUUACGCCACUACCACUCCCGAGUCCGACCAGCCAUACCCGGAGCUGCCCUAUGACCCCCGGGUGGACGUGACUGCGCUGGGCCGCACCACGGUGACCCUGGCCUGGAAGCCGAGCCCUGCAGCCUCCCUGCUGAAGCUGCCCAUCCAGUACUGUGUGCUUGUCAACAAGGAGCACAAUUUCAAGAGUCUCUGCGCUGUGGAGGCCAAGCUGAGCGCGGAUGACGCGUUCAUGACCGCGCCCAGGCCCGGCCUGGACUUCAGCCCCUUCGACUUCGCCCAUUUCGGAUUUCCUUCCGACCCCCUGGGUAAGGAACGCAGCUACCUGGCAAGACCAUCUCCUAAACUCGGCCGCCAGGUCUACUCGAGGCCCAAGGCGGACAUUCAGAAAAUCUGCAUAGGAAACAAGAACAUCUUCACCAUCUCCGACCUGAAGCCCGACACCCAGUACUACUUCGACGUGUUCGUGGUCAACAACAGCAGCAACACCAGCACGGCCUAUGUGGGCACCUUUGCUAGGACCAAGCGAGAAGCCAAGCAGAAGACCAUCGAGCUGAAAGAUGGCAAAAUCACAGACGUGUUUGUGAAGAGGAAGGGAGCAAAAUUUCUACGGUUUGCUCCAGUCUCUUCUCAUCAAAAAGUCGCCAUCUCUGUCCACUCGUGCCUGGACACGGUGCAGCUGCAGGUGAGACGAGAUGGGAAGCUUCUCCUGUCCCACAGUGUGGAAGGCGUGCGGCACUUCCAGCUGAGGGGAAAGCCAAAGGCCAAAUACGUCAUCCGGCUGAAAGGAAACAGGAGAGGAGCAUCCAUGUUAAAGAUCCUGGCCACCAGCAAGCCCAGCAAGCAAGCAUUUCCCUCUCUCCCCGAAGACACGAGGAUCAAGGCCUUUGACAAGCUCCGCACCUGCUCUUCCGCCACCAUAGCGUGGCUCGGCACCCAGGAGAGGAAUAAGUUCUGCAUCUACAAGAAAGAACUCAACGAACCUUACAACGAAGAGCAGAAGAGAAGAGAGCAAAACCAGUGCCUGGGCCCAGCGACCAGGAAGAAAUCAGAAAAGGUCCUCUGUAAAUAUUUCCACAGUCAAAACCUGCAGAAGGCAGUGACCACGGAAACCAUCCGCGGCCUCCAGCCCGCCACGGCCUACCUGCUGGAUGUGUAUGUGAUUGGCCACGGAGGGCACUCUGUCAAAUACCAGAGCAAAGUGGUGAAAACCAGGAAGACCUGUUAGUUGUCUCCCACAGGGGGAGGGAGCCGGAACUCUAGGAAGGAGGUUGUAUCGCUUGAUCUAGAAGCUGACUGUACAUGGCAAGAAGGAUGUCAACCUGUGCAAACAAAUGCUGACUGUAACCGGAGGAGACGUGCCCUGGUGGGUCCAGUGUCACCCACCUGCAUUCAAAGCCAGAGGACAUCUCGAAGGAACGGUCGCCCUCUCCUUUGCCCACUGCAUGAACCACUUCUAAAUUAUUUUAUUACUUAAAAGUUUAAAAAAUAAUGCCACUCGUUGCCCUACUCCUGCAGAAGCAAAUCAUUUCUCUCUAUAGAUGCUAGUGGAUAUAUAAAUUAUUUUAUAAAGUCUUGUUCUAAAUGUCAGUGUGUCGAUGAUUGUAAACUAUUCAAUUCUUCCCCCAUCCAAGUACAGAUGGAAUCUAAGAAUUAUUAAGUGGACAGCCCUCUCACCAGUUAUAUUGCUAUUGUAAAUUCUUAUUUGUUAAGGAAAUUGUUGAAAUUCUAUAUGUAUCUCCUGUACAAAGUGGACAUACAUUAUAUUCGUGUACAUAUAAUUAAAGAUAUUAGAUUCUCUA